UUGUUUCUCUCCGUUUCUCUCCAGGAUUUAUGGACUUCACUUUCUAGAGGGAGGUACGGCAAGGAUGAGACCCCAGCUGGUGUGCGUGGUGCUGCUGGCCUUGGCCUCCUGCAGCCUCUGCUCAGAUUCAGAAGAGGAAAUGAAAGCAUUAGAAGCAGAUUUAUUGACCAAUAUGUACACAUCAAAGAUUAACAGAGCAAAACUUCCUUAUUGGAAAUUGACCCUGCUAAAUGUCUGCAAUCUCAUCAACAACAUAAACAACCAAGGAGGGGAAGCAGCAGAGGCAGAUGAAGAAGAUCUUGUGUCAGGAAGACAGUUUCCUGCUGCUCUGGAUGGCUUCAGCGUGGAAGCAAUGCUGACAUUAUACCAACUCCAAAAGGUUUGCCACAGCAGAGCCUUUCAGCACUGGGAGCUAGUCCAGCAAGAUGCUUUUGAUCUAGACAACUCAAGCCAAGAAAAGGAGAUCAUGAAGAGAAAAAAUCCCUACAUCUUGAAACGGCAGCUACAUGUGAACAAAGCUAGAAGGCCAUACAUCCUCAAGAGAAGUUCAUAUUACUGAUGCAGCAGAGAAAAAAAAAAAAAACAAUGUAUAUUUAGUUUAUAGGUAACUGUGCAUUAUGGUUUUCUUAUUUCAAUCUAAAAUCGUCAUUGUGUGAAAACAGACAAUGGAAAAUCAUCAAGAUGAUAACAUAACUGUGUCUCUU